GCGUUUUGUUUUCAUUCGAAUCAUGUGGAGGUGACCACGCCAGUGAAUAUAGGUAUAGUGGUGACUAUAUUACGACCCAGAUUUCGAAUUUUCAAACUUAUUAUUACGUUUGGUCGAAAAGAAUGAUAACUGAAGCAAUCAUAUAUUAACAAUGUAACCAUCACGUCGUCGUCGUAAUAAGCCAUCGAAGCCGUCGAAUCGAGACGAUGCGUACAAUUAAUUGAGUACCGAGUGGAGGUUUUUUAAAUCGUCCUUUGCACGUGUUUUUGUUGCCCGAAGGUGCACGUGGUGUUAUUGUAGGUGCGAAGAGUAUUUGUAGCGAGUACACGACGAUGUGUAAGUACUUUUACGGUGUAUUAUUAUUUCUUUUGGAAUUAUCGAGUUUUGUUUAGAAGUUGGAUUUGAAAAUGUGUAAGCGACGAGUUUAGCUUUGUGUACACCCGAGUUUUUCGAAUUGCUUUAAUGUGGCGUAAAAAGUAACUCGUACCAGGCGUGUGUCUCAUUGGUGAUGAUAGGUGGAUUUGAAUCGUAUUAGUUGUUACGUAUCGAUUUUUUAAACCUUACAUUGUGAGUCGCGUGAGUCGACUUCUUUAACAAAAGAUCUAUAUGUCUUUGAACUCUGGUCUUGGAUCGCUCAAAAGCGGCAAUAAGUUUUACAUUUUCAUAAGUAUCGAGAAUAGUAGGUAUAUAUGAAGAAGUACGAUGCUCUGGAAUGGUCACGGCUUGUCGAAUAAAUGCAUCGCCCGGAACCUCUGAAAAGGAACUUCCUUUCGACCCGAGUUCGAGUAUGACUUUGAGUACCUACCUAUACUAUGAAGUACUGGACCUAACCUAUACCUAUUUAAAAUGAUAUCCGAUUCAGAAAAAGAUAUCAUGGGAUCGACCGUAUAUUGUAUUCACCACAAAGAAGGAUGCAAAUGGAGUGACCAACUUCGUAAAUUAAAAGCGCACCUUCAAACUUGCAAAUACGAUUCGAUGCCUUGCAACAACAAAUGCGGUGCUCAAAUACCGCGAAUAUUAAUGGAAGACCAUUUAAAAUACACAUGUCCGGAACGAAUAGCCAGAUGCGAAUUUUGCGGUCAAGAUUUCCCCGGAUCGGCGAUCGAAGAGCACAACGGGUGUUGCCCUUUGGAACCGAUUUAUUGCGAAAACAAAUGCGGUCAGAAAUUACAACGUCGAUAUUUAUCCAGACAUAAGACUAAUGAUUGUUGCAAACGAUUGAUAGCAUGCAGGUAUUGUAACAAUCAAUACGUCGCUGAUACUUUACAAAAUCAUCAUACAAAAUGUGCCCGAGUACCGGUACCUUGUCCGAAUCGAUGCGAGUUGAUGGUCGUACCGAGAGAAGAAAUGGAAUCACAUUUGAAAGAUCACUGUAACUUGUUAUUGAGUUGUUGCGCAUUUAAAGAAGCUGGAUGUAGGUUUAAGGGUUUACGAGGUCCCAUUAUGGAUAGACAUAUGGAGGAAUCCGUCCAACAGCAUUUAAUGUUAAUGUGUUCACUAGUCACUAAACAACAAAACCAAAUAAGCUCGCUUAAAAGUGCAUUGUCUCGAAUCUCUUUACAUCAAUCAGGCACUUUGGUAUGGAAAAUAAGCGAAUACAGUGUCAAAAUGGAAGAAGCUCGUGGCAAAGAUGGAGUCGAAUUAAUCAGCUCUCCGUUCUAUACCAGUCAAUUCGGAUACAAAUUACAAGCUUCCGUUUUCUUAAACGGUAACGGAGCCGGAGAAGGUACCCACAUAUCCGUCUACAUCAAAAUACUACCCGGAGAAUAUGACGCUUUAUUGAGAUGGCCUUUUGCUCAUACCGUCUCUUUUACGCUUUUUGAUCAAGGCGAAAAACCUUACAAUAUCGUGGAAAGUUUCGUUCCUGAUCCAUCUUGGGAGAAUUUCCAACGUCCGAGUAAAGAACCAGAUUCGUUGGGCUUUGGAUUUCCCAGAUUCGUGUCCCACGAGACGUUAAAGAAGAGACAAUUUGUCAGAGAUGAUACUUUGUUUAUUCGCGUUAAAGUUGACCCAAGCAAGAUUAUUGCUGUUUGAAGAUUUGGACUUGUAAAGAUUGUUAUGUUUUUAUGCUGUUAUUGUGUGAUAAUAUUUAUAUUAUAUUUUAUAGUUUUUCUUUUCUUUUCUGUCUUUUAGAAGAAAUAUAUAUUUUGUGUUAAA